GCCCAUUUAAAAAAAGUGAAUCAGCUGUUAACUUGUUGAUGGGAAUUUAUCUUGCUGCUUACAAUUGAAAACAAAAUGCGGUAUGCCCAGGUUGUGGUUGGCCCGGCUGGCAGUGGCAAAUCAACAUAUUGCACAUAUAUGCAGCGCCAUGCUCAAGAUUCAAAACGUGCGAUCGAAGUAGUGAACCUAGAUCCGGCGGCAGAACAUUUUGACUAUCAACCGUUGGUCGAUAUACGCGAUCUGAUUCAAUUGGACGAUGCAAUGGAAGAUAAAGAACUUCACUAUGGUCCCAAUGGAGGCCUGAUAUUUUGCUUGGAAUACUUAAUAGAAAACCAGGAUUGGUUAAAAGAGCAACUAUGUGGUGCGGAUGAUUCCGACAAUGAUAUUGGUGGAGAACCCGAUGACGACUAUAUACUCUUUGAUAUGCCUGGACAAAUAGAACUUUUCACACAUUUAUCGAUGGGAAAGCAGUUAGUACAGUUGUUGGAGUCUUGGAAUUUCCGCAUUUGCACGGUUUUUCUCGUGGAUUCUCAGUUCAUGGUUGAUGGUGCGAAAUUUCUGUCGGGCACCAUGGCUGCUCUAAGUGUUAUGGCUAAUUUGGAGAUGCCACAUGUUAAUGUUUUGAGUAAAAUGGAUUUACUUAGUAAGUCAGCACGGAAGCAAUUGGAUAAUUAUUUGGAUCCAGACCCGAAAGCGUUAUUGGGCGAUGUUACACAAGAAUCGGCAUGGGGACGAACGCAUCGAAAACUUUCUGAGGCAAUUGGAAGUUUAAUUGAGGACUUCAGUCUUGUUCGAUUCGUUCCGUUGAACAUUGACGAUGAGGAAAGCAUACAGGAUUUACUCCUUCAAAUAGACAACGUUAUACAAUAUGGAGAAGAUGCCGAUGUGAAAAUACGCGACUUCGACCCACCAGAAGAGGAAAACGAUCCCAUUGCCGAAUCGAAAAUAGUUUAAAGCCCGUGAAUAUAAAACAUUUUUUAUAAGUAUAUCUACCAAUAAAUUUCAAAUUAAACAUGUUCAA